CUCAGAGACUAGACUCUGCGGAUAAUUAGUCGAGCCGAAUCCCCCCGAGACCUGAAACAGUAUUUGAAAGGCGUCAGGCGAGCGGGCUUUCUCGUGGUAGCGUAGCACAUCCCACUCGUGGCUCAAGUGUGAAGGUGUCCCCCUUCCUUUUCCGGAAAUCUGAAUUUCAAUCUCGGUCUUGCACAGCCGCUCGUGCGGGCACUGUGACGAUAUCGGGAGCCCUGUAGUCAGUGAAAACACCCGCUUGCUCUUUCUGUGGCAUCCGUCUUACUCCGGAAGUCAUGGAAAGCGGUGCCCAGGACACAGAAAACGUCUCUCCUGGUCCAUCAACAAUAAUACCCACGACUGAGAUCGAUGCUGACGAUGCUGUGCCACUGGGAGGGACGAUAAGCGCUGUCUUCCGAGGCACCUGGAAUGGGAUCAAGGUCGCGAUAAAACGGUUUUCGAAUGAUACUACCCCUGAGGCUUUACACUCGCGGAUCGGAUCAUGGACGAGCGCCAAACACGCCAACAUCCUCCGCGUUUUUGGAGCAUCACCCCAUGAUGCCGAUCCCCUCUACAUCGUCACGGAAUUGCAUGAGAACGGGAACAUCUCACAGUUCCUUGCUCAAAACCCCACAGCGGAUAAACCUCAACUGCUGCUCCAGGCCGCUUUAGGUAUGCAGUUCUUACACGGGUGCGGCAUGGUCCAUGGCAGUUUGAAACCUUCAAACAUACUUGUUAACGAUGAUGGACAUGCAUUGGUUGCUGACUGCGGGAUCAAUGAGAUCAUUCGCAGCGCAAACCCAUGCGCUCACCAUUACUUCAGCCCAGAAGCAUGGAAAGGAACAACAUCUCGAGCCUCUGAUGUGUUCGCGUUUGCCAUGUGCGUUUUCGAUGUCCUUGCCGGAAAACGGCCUUGGGGAACGCUCCAAGACGACCGAAUAUACCACCUCGUUGUGAAGGAGAACGAGCGUCCUGAUCGCCCGGAGCGGGACGUCUGGGAUAAUGAACCUAUCUCUGAUCAGAUUUGGGAAAUUUUGGAGGAUGCAUGGGUGAAAGACGCCAGGGCUCGCCCUGAUUUUGUCAAAAUUAUUUCAUUAUGGCCCGGAGCCACCGCACCAGCUGAGCCGUCUUCCCCUCCCCCCCAACCGCCUUCCCAGUUGCUAGGACCACCUCACCUGAACACUUCCGCAGCCCGGCAGCUCGACAUUUUCGGCCGCUCUGGGAGCGAAGAGUCAAUCCACACAGCUUUGCCGCUAUAUGAGCGCGUUGCUUCGGGGUCACAUAUGAGCCAUAUACCGGGUCACCCGCCUGUCCCAGUACAGGGCUCUCGGCAACGUGCGUCCGGACGUGGCUUUGGUCUUCCGCGUUUGCCACCACCACCGCCCCUCAACCUUUCAGCUCAUCGACCAAGCUCCACUUCUUCCGUCGAUGCACAACAGCAGUACCUACGCUCGUCCCCGCAGCCUAUGGAGCAAUUUGUUGUGGCCCAAAGUCCUCCUCGGAGUAUAGGUUCGGACGAGCUUUCCGCGAACUCGUUACCUGGUGAUGUGUACUUCGACCAAAGUGCCGGAACAUUCCCAACGCCUCUGUGGUCUGGAUUCUCUUCGCCCCCAGCUACAGCACAGAUGUUCACGGGUGCUUCAAACCCAGCGCGCAUGAGUCGAGCUUCGUCAAGAUCUGGCUCGGAUACUGGGAGUAGUCAUUCUGGCGGCUGGGGGAAUGCUUCUGCUCGGACAACGUCGAUGCGAGGACCACCCUACUCGCAACCUUAUGAUGCAAAUUCUUCACCUCCGUCCAUCCCCCGCAGAGUUACGCUGCGGCCAGGUUUCGGGACCAUUGAAGAGGUUGACCUUGCUCAGAAUAUGGAGGCUUUGCACAUGUCAGAUCAGUAUCUCAGCCGGAUGAACACAACGACCGUUCGAUCGGGGACUGAUGGAGUCCCUGAGACGAACCAACAAUUAAAUCUCGGGGCUUCUUGGAGGGACUCAUUGCAAGGAUACCCGUCCGAAACAUCUGGUGUGUCCACUCUUGGAGGAACGAGUGCUUUUCAUCUCGCUGGAGCAUUUAACACAGAGCUCAACCAAGAUGGCGACUUCUCCAUUCUCAACGAUUACAUGGCGCGAAUACAACAGAUGGCUUCUAAUUCUGACAAGGAUACGCAAAGACUCAUUACGGCUGGUGUUGUACAGGAUCUCAUAACGCUACUCCGAAGGAGGGCCACGGAUUAUGGGGGACUCGAGAUUGUCUUAGUAACGCUUGGGACCAUGGCGCACGAUUCUGUGAGCGCAAACAUGAUAUUUCGAGUCGGUGCCACGCAGAAUCUUAUGGAGCUUAUUAACGGCUCCCUCUCCGACGACGUCGCUGCCGGAGCAGUUUGGUGUAUUUCUCGAAUCUGCAGGACUAAAGAGGUGGCCGAUGAGCUCAUCAAGCGGGGUGUUGUUCAGCUUCUUACUGAGAAGGGUCUUCUACACGGCACUCAUCUCACUUCUCGCCUAUCAGCCUGGUGUCUAGGGACACUGGUUCGCUGCGACAGCCAAGCAGAAGCCAUGGCAUCGCGAGGUCUCAUCCAAAUAAGUGUCGAUCACCUCAUUAGCAAAGCUUCCUCUCCCAACGUCAUCUCAGAGGAUAUCUGUGCGGCAACAUUCCUCAUUGCCCGCUUGGCACGAACGAUAAAACUCUCGAAGGCACUCACGAAAGCAGGAUGCGUUAGGCCACUCGUUCAUGCCCUGAGCACGUCAGAAGACCCUGACGUACUGAAUUGGAGCUCCCGCGCAAUUGGCUGUUUAAUGCGUCCCAACAGCCUUGACAUGGCGAAGGCCUUGCUUGAAGCCGGGUCUGCGGCUGGCCUUGCUCGCCUACCGCGCGUCUUACCCCAGAACCAGAUCGAGCCUUUGGCAUCCUUCGCAUUUGCAAUCCAACGUUUUGUAUGUGCGGAAUGGGGCGGCGGAACGCGGAAAGCACUGGUCGAGGCGGGAGUGGUGGACUCCCUUUUGUCUGCCUUGAGGACCGCCGCUGAUGUCCCCGCGCCGCACGUGCAUAUUGAGCUUGCGCGCGCCGUCACUUUCCUGUGUGACAUUGGCGGCGGUGAUGUCAGGAAGGAAAUCAUUAGAGCUGGCGGAGUCGAUAUCCUGAAACAAGUAGGCCAAAAUGCCAAAUCAGAGGUUGCUAAGGUGUGCAGUGUCGCCGUCACCUCUGUCACCGGGAACCUAUGGGCUCGUAAUGCUGCCGUAUCAAAAACUGCUUUAAAACAUGAUUGGAGUGGUGGAUGCCCGGACUACCUUCCACCACAACCCCACUUCUCCCAAGUGGUCAUUGACGCGUCUGAAGGCAUACCGUGAAACUUAUAUGGGAACGCGUCUUUGGAUUGUUCCGUUGCUUGAUUUUAGUGACCUCCAUGUGUAUGUGUCGUCUGGCGUAUGUUGCGCUUAAAGUGCUGGGAUCAUGUAGUGUUGUUACUUCAAUUAUUUAGAUUGAAAUGAAAGUGAAUACCACCAACGGU